GCGGGGCCCGGCGGCCGGAGGGAGCUCGGCGGGGCGCGGGGCGCAGGAUGGAAGAAGUUAGUGUUAUCCAGCAUUCCUGCUGAGUAUAUAACUUACUGCCACUUCUGAUCUUUGAAGAGAGAUUUAUCGCUUCCUGUGGCAAUACUGAAUACUCAAAAGAGUGAGUUCUGACCUCAGGAGCUGCAUGAAGAAUAGCCAGCAUGAAGAGAACAAAUCAGUCCAGGCAGAAGUGCAGAAGCGUCAAGAACAUAAAUGUACACCCCUCACUGUGACUGUCUUUAACCUGGGUCUUGCUGCAGGCAUUUCCUUGGUCUCCCUGUACACCUGCAUUCCUAGGCUGGCAGCUUCCUGACGGUGUGAGCCAAAGUCUCCAUGAAUGCCAGUGUCCUGUUCCUUGGCAGACAUCGGAUUUUCUGCUUUACCAGUCAGAAGUGGUGCCUUUCUACUACUCCACUGUAGCAUCAUAGAGGACCCUGGUGAAUUUUGGCCUGUUGGCUUGCUUUCAGCAGGAAGGUGAAAUGGAAGGUGAGGCAGUCGACGCUAUUGUGGAGGAAUCAGAAACUUUCAUUAAGGGAAAAGAGAGGAAAACCUAUCAAAGACGCCGUGAAGGUGGGCAAGAGGAUGAUGCUUGUCAUAUACCACCAAACCAAGCAGAUGGGAGUGAAGUGGUGCAGGAUGUCAGCAGUGGAGUGCAGAUGGUGAUGAUGGAUCAGCUGGAUCCAACUCUUCUUCAGAUGAAGACCGAAGUAAUGGAAGGUGCAGUGCCUCAAGAAACUGAGGCUACUGUGGAUGACACACAGAUCAUAACGCUUCAGGUUGUUAACAUGGAAGAGCAGCCUAUAAACCUUGGUGAGCUUCAGCUGGUCCAAGUACCUGUACCAGUGACUGUACCUGUUGCCACCACGUCUGUGGAAGAACUGCAGGGAGCUUAUGAAAAUGAGGUUUCCAAAGGAGGCCUGCAGGAGGGGGAGCCCAUGAUCUGUCACACCCUCCCUUUACCAGAAGGCUUCCAAGUUGUGAAAGUGGGUGCAAACGGUGAGGUGGAGACCCUGGAACAAGGUGAACUUCAGCCACAGGAAGACCCCAAUUGGCAAAAAGAUCCAGACUAUCAGCCACCAGCCAAAAAAACAAAGAAAAACAAAAAGAGUAAGCUUCGCUACACUGAGGAAGGCAAAGAUGUGGAUGUCUCUGUAUAUGACUUUGAAGAGGAGCAGCAGGAGGGUUUGUUGUCUGAGGUUAAUGCAGAAAAGGUGGUGGGCAAUAUGAAGCCACCAAAACCAACAAAAAUUAAAAAGAAAGGUGUAAAGAAGACAUUCCAGUGUGAGCUGUGCAGUUACACUUGUCCACGUCGUUCCAACCUGGACCGCCACAUGAAAAGCCACACCGAUGAAAGACCACACAAGUGCCAUCUCUGUGGCAGGGCUUUCCGGACAGUCACAUUGCUGAGGAACCACCUCAACACUCACACAGGUACUCGCCCUCACAAGUGCCCAGACUGCGACAUGGCCUUUGUGACCAGUGGAGAGUUGGUUCGGCAUCGCCGCUACAAACACACCCACGAGAAACCAUUCAAAUGUUCCAUGUGUGACUAUGCCAGUGUGGAGGUUAGCAAAUUGAAACGCCACAUCCGCUCGCACACCGGGGAGCGCCCGUUCCAGUGCAGCCUGUGCAGCUAUGCCAGCAGAGACACCUACAAACUCAAGAGGCACAUGAGGACCCACUCCGGAGAGAAGCCAUAUGAAUGUUACAUCUGCCAUGCUCGCUUCACUCAGAGCGGUACCAUGAAGAUGCACAUUUUGCAGAAGCACACGGAGAACGUGGCCAAAUUCCACUGUCCUCACUGUGAUACUGUUAUAGCAAGAAAGAGUGACCUGGGUGUCCACUUGAGGAAGCAGCAUUCCUACAUUGAGCAGGGCAAGAAGUGUCGCUACUGUGACGCUGUGUUCCAUGAGAGGUAUGCCCUCAUCCAGCAUCAAAAGUCCCACAAGAAUGAGAAGCGCUUCAAGUGUGACCAGUGUGAUUAUGCCUGCAGACAGGAGCGGCACAUGGUCAUGCACAAACGGACCCACACUGGAGAAAAGCCUUAUGCCUGUAGCCAUUGUGAUAAAACCUUCCGCCAGAAGCAGCUCCUCGACAUGCACUUCAAGAGAUACCACGACCCCAACUUUGUCCCUGCUGCCUUUGUCUGCUCCAAGUGUGGCAAAACAUUCACUCGCAGGAACACAAUGGCCAGACAUGCUGAUAACUGCUCUGGCCUAGAUGGUGGGGAAGGAGAGAAUGGAGGAGAGACAAAGAAAGGCAAACGUGGCCGAAAGAGAAAGAUGCGUUCUAAGAAAGAAGAUUCUUCUGAUAGUGAGGAAAAUGCUGAACCAGAUUUGGAUGAUAAUGAAGAUGAGGAGGAGACAGCAGUAGAAAUUGAGGCUGAACCAGAAGUUGAGCAAGAGGCUCCUGCACCACCUCCCAGUAAGAAAAGAAGAGGAAGACCACCAGGCAAAGCUGCUGCACAACCAAAACAAUCCCAGCCUGCAGCAAUCAUUCAGGUUGAAGACCAGAACACUGGUGAAAUUGAAAACAUUAUAGUUGAAGUGAAGAAAGAACCUGAUGCAGAAACAGCAGAGGAAGAGGAGGAAGCUCAGCCUGCUGUAGUGGAAGCUCCCAAUGGAGACCUCACCCCUGAGAUGAUUCUCAGCAUGAUGGACCGGUGAUGGAGGAAGACCACGUUGGCUGACUGAACUGGCCUGGGCUGUGUUUAAGCGGCUCAAAUCUAUUUUUUUCCUUUAAUCUUUUUUCUUGGCUUUGGGAAGUGCAUCAUUUUAGACCAUUUUACCAAACAUACUGGGAAAUAAAACGAUGUUAGAAUGUGAUUUAACUAGAACUUGCUGUUUUAUGUUAGCAUUACAGGAUCAUGGAACAUUAGGAAAUAUUUUUGGAGUCCUUGAGGGUUUCCUCUGAGAUGCUUGAUAUAGUUUUACUCUGAACUGCAUUGUAAAGCUGGUCCAAGGGCCGUGUUUACAUGCACCAAGUUUUAAUAUACAAAAGUGGAAGCCUUGACUAGAGUAUGUGGAAAACCACUCCGGACUUGCCCUUCCAGUUCCCAGAGUCCUUGAGCCUCUUCUCUCAGUAGUGUUUUUAACUGUAAAUGCAGACUUGGGAGGGUUCUAGACUUUUGAAAUGUUUUUUUUGGUUGGUUUUUUGUUUUUUGUUUUUUGUUUUUGCUUUCUCCCACUGAGUAGCUCUGGUUCUCCAAGUCGGCUGCACAUGGUAGUUUUGGCAUGCUCCAACUGGUUUCUGUCCUUAAUAUGCUUUGCUUUCUGCAAAGCAUUUCUGUAAUGGUCAAGCUUGUAAAUAACUUUUUUUUUACAUUUUAAUCUUUUUCCAUUAAUUAAGAGGUAUGCAAAAAUGCAGUUUAAAGAAACCCCAGUAUUCUAAUUCCUUUUAAACUAAGUGACAAGAGAAUUGAUAGAGUGUAAAUGUUGGAAAAGCUGUUGAUAAGGUAGAGAAAAUAUGUACCCAGACUAUUGCUUGCAGAAGAGAAACCCACGUGUGAAAUCUGGUUUUGAAGCACAAAAAAAAUGUAUUUUAUAGAAUCUUUGACUGGCUUGGGUUAGAAGGCACUUUUACAGACCAUCUAGUUCUACCCCCCUGCCACAGGCAGGGACACUUUUCACUAGACCAGCUUCUUCCAAGCUCUAUCCAACCUGGCCUUGAAUGCUUCCGGGGAUGGGGCAGCAAGUUUCUCUGGACAACCUGUGCCAGGGCCUCAUCACCCUCACAGGGAGGAAUUUCUUCCUAAUAGCCCAUCUAACCCUGCCCUCUGUCAAUUUAAAGCCAUUCCCUGUUGUCCUGUAUCUCCAUUCCCUUGCCAAAGUCCCUCUCCAGCACUCUUGUAGGAUCCCUCAAGGUUCUGUAAGGCCACAGUUAGGUCAUCCCAAAACCUUCUCUUCUCCAGGCUGAAUAACUCCAGCUCUCUCAGUCUUUCCUCAUAGGAAUGGUGCUCCAUCCCUCAGAUCGUGUUUGUGGCCUCCUCCGGACUCGCUCCGACUGCCGAUACCCUCCUUGUCCCAGGGACCCCAGAGCUGGAUGCAGCGCUGCAGGUGGGGUCUCACCUGAGUGGGGCAGAGGGGCACAAUUCCCCCUUCCUGCUGCCCACGGGGCUCUGUAUGCAGCCCAGCUGGGCCAUGUCCAGUCUCUCCCUCAAGUCCUUCUCCCCAGGGCUGCUCUGGAUCUGUUCAUUCCCAGCCUGGAUUGAUCCCAAGGGUUGCCCCAACCCAGGUGCACCUCCUUGCACUGGGUCUUGUUAAGCCUCAUGAGAUUCCCAAGGGCCACUUCUCAUGCUUGUCCAGGUCCCUCUGGAUGGCCCUGUCCUUCAGGUGUGUCACUGCACCCUAAGCUUGGUGUUACCAAACCUGCUGAGGGUGAACUCGAUCCCUUCAUGUGUGCCAUUAACGGUGAUAGUGAACAGCACUGGUCCCAGCAUGGACCUCUGAGGGGCACCAGUCACUGCUGUCCAUCCAGAGUCUGAGCCGUUGACCACUGCCCUCUGGAUGUUACCAUCCAACCAAUUUGAAACAUAAUAUAAUUAACCUUUUUGAGUUAUAAUUUCACAAAUACAUUUUCUUUGCUCUAUCUUGUAGUUGUAUUUUGUGUUUAUGAAUCCUAUGUUAAGAAAAAAGUGGUGAUUUAUGAGUGGGUCACUGCAGCCCUCAACCUGGGCCAGGAAAUUUUAUUAAUAGGUCAGUAAUUCUACAAUUUUUGAAUCUCUGAUAAAGACAAAAAAAGGAAUAAUGUGAAAUACAAAUGAUGCCUGUAUAUGAAAAUGUCACAUGUUAAAAUAUGUAAGCUUUUUAUAGAGCCUCAGUCUUGCUGAUUUCAAACAAAUUUUUCUUCUAUGUAUCGCUUUUAAGAGAGCUAUCAGUUUAGCUAUCAGACUCUAGGUUGAUGCAUUUUUGUACUUAGCUGUACUGUGUGAUAUUUUUCAUUAUUUUAGGAAGCCAACAUGGGAAAAAAAAUACUGUUAUAAAAUAUGUAAUGGGGUUUGAAAGCUGGGAAGGAGAAUAUACUGCUGUACAGCUAAUAAAUAAUAACGGAUUAACA